UUUGAGCAAAUAAAUGAAGCUUUAAGAAGCUUUAUUUCUGGAAUUUAUUUAUUAUCAUUGUCAUUAAAUUGAAGUUAGACAGAUGACUUGAUAUGACUUGAAAAUUAAAAGUUAAAGACUUGGGCUUGACUUGGACUUCCACAUCAUUGACUUUGGACUCGACUUGGACUUGGUUGUCUUUGACUUGGACUUGACUCGAGACUUGACUGGAAAGACUGGUGACUUACUUGUGACUUGCAAAGCAGUAACUUGGUCACACCUCUGGAGAUUGUUGUGGAAAUUAAAGGUGUCCAGUAUGCAGUGCUGUUGCUUACCUGAGGGUGACAGCAUUGUAGCUUUGCACAUAAUGUUUUGUUUUUGUGUAUUUGACGCUCUUCUUUUGUCUUAUGGUUUUUUAUAUAGACAGUGAGCUGACUGAAUGUGAUCUAACACAUAACAGUCUAAAUUCUACCCUUAAAUCAAAUCAUAAAAUAGGUGCGUGGGUUUCCUCCGGGUACUCCGGUUUCCCCCACAGAUCACAACAUGCCCUAUAGGUUAUAAAUUGUAAGUCGCUUUGGAUUAAAGCGUCUGCUAAAUGAAUAAACAUAAACAUAAACAUAGGUACAAAGGCCGGUUUUGAUUCUUUUUCACAUUAAACGAGUAUUUUGCACUAGAAUAUAUUUUUUUUACAUUUACAUUUUUGUUACAUUUAGCCUAAUAAAAAAAUCACAUCGAUUUUUGCGACAUUUAGAAAGACAAGAUAAUAAAAUAUUUGAUCCACACACAUAAGGUUCGCAUCAUUUGUACACGGCGCGUCAGUUCAAUUGAAACCCGGUGGGAGAGUGUCAGCAGGGAGAUGUGUCUGUUAUUGUGUUAAUACUGUAACACGAUAUACUGUAACAGAAACUACUGUUGUUAAUAUCUAAGAACGUUACUGAAAACAGAAACGCUACAAUAAUUAGAAAUUGGACGUUUUUACUGCAGUUUUUGUAGGCACCGCAGCGACAGGUGCCCUGGAGAAAAGGAGCAUACCCAUACAGAAAAAAAAUACCGGAACUUGGUGCGUAACUUCCGUUCCGCGAAGCUGGAAAAUUGGCGCCGCAAAACAUUUAAUCAAAAGUGUUCAAAUCCACCUGAGGGGUUGUCGUGGAGAUGAUGUAAUUACCCGGACGUUUCUUUCGAUGUUGUGGAGAGAUGUGGAGAAACACAACAAACUGUGUUCCCGAUGCGCGUAGUUAGCUAACGAUGCUACCGGGGAGGUCCAUCAGUUGACAACAGUUAUUCCUCAAACUAUCAAAUCACUAAUUUCUGGAUUAAAAAGAAUAAUCGGGUUGCUGUUUAUCACUAUGAACAGGGCCAAGAUUAAGAAGUCAAAGUUACUCCCAGGGCCAUCUAGGGAGCAGCAGAAUAUUUCUUCCUUCUUUUUCUCCAAAAGCCAAAAGGCUUCAUCGUCCACAAAAGUGCCAAUCACCAGUGACGCACUCACCAAGACCGAUAUUCAGACCAAAGAUGGUGAAAGGCUGAACUCCCCAUCAAAGAGGAGCAUCCUUGGUGACCUGAAAAACCUCCUCCCCUCCUCCACGGAUCUUCUCAUCUCCGUACCCGAAACACCCAACAGUCAGAUCAGGCUCUCCUCCUCCGGAGAGGAAGACCAGCUGAGCCCAGAGCCAGCUAGAGAGGUGGCACUCGGAGAUAAAAACCGACACCUGUCCCCCAUCUGUCGCAGCCCCAGAGCUAAAGGUCGAAAACUACGAAGAACCAUGACCAAGGAGGGAGAAAGAACCAAGACAGAGGAUGGUCUGUUUGGGCCUUUGAAGAGACUCUUCAGUCCUCCUGAGGAAUCCCGCAAUGCCAAGAGAGCAAGGAGUGCAGAUGCUGUGAUCCACUCUGCAGGGAUCAUCCUGAAGGGGAAGAUGCCUAACCUCUCCAGUAACCAAUCACCUGGCCCGCCUGAAAGGUCAGAAGGUCACAAUGAAGGUAAACAAAAUGUGACGUCUGUGAAAUCAACAGAGGGAGAGAAAGAGCCACAGGAGGAGACAGACCAGGCAGAUUCUGGUAUUACUGAGAUAAAAGCACCCGACCCAAAAACCCACAAAAACCUGGAGAGCUCCUUGGAUAAGGAUACGUGCACGAUUACCACUCGUGCACAUGAACCCGGUGCACCAAGUGACUCGCAUCAACCAAAAGGAGGGGCGGUCCUAGAAACUACAGCAACACUUGAAACUUAUGGAGACAAAGGUACCCCUCCAGAUCAGGAACAAGCAAAUACAGGAGCGGCAGCCACGUGUCCCGUUGAAGAGGGGAUUGAAGAGAGCUGGUUUUCUGACCAGAUGGAUGAAGAUGCAGAUGAUAAAUCCAAAAAAUCUCUUAAAGUCCCGGAUCAUGUGAUUCUGUCUGGAGGCCUGAAUAACCGCUACGUGGUUGUGGAUGUGGAGGAGAGACCCGGUCGUAAAUUACUGAGCAUCUCCUGCUCCAGGUCUCUGUGUCCCACUGAGACCUGUCUGCUGACAGACGGAUGGGAGACGACACCGGUUUGCCGAGGCGAUGUGGUCCAUCUGGAGGGCAGCCCUGAUGGUGGUUGGCUGGUGAACCGGGAGCGCGGUUUCCUGGUUUUGCUGCCUGACAGCCUCGUCUCCGGUACCAGCAUCUCUAAUUCCAUCCGCUGCAUGAGACGAGCUGUGCUGGGAGACAUGUUCAAGAGUUUUGACGGCGGCUCUAAGCAGAUGCUCAACGGUACCAUGGUCCACGAAGUCUUCCAGAGAGCGGCCACAGCUAAAGAGUUUUCUUUGCAGAAACUGUCCGAGCUGGCUGAUGAAGCUCUGCACAGUCCUCGUUACCUGGGAGACAUGUACUCUUUAGGUGUGAGUCAGGAGGAAAUUAAGCAGGAGCUGCAUGAGUACUUACCCUCACUGGAACACUGGGCCAACGAACACCUCUGCCCUACCAACCCUAAAGCCAUCAGCCUUAAAACCAGCCAGGGCCAGGACUCGGCUUCUGUCUUCACAGUGAGUGAGCUGGCAGACAUAGAGGAGAACGUCUGGUCCCCCAGAUUUGGCCUCAAAGGGAAAAUAGACGUGACAGCUAAAGUUCAGAUCCAACGAGCGCCAAACAGCAGCCGCAGAAUUCCUGAGGAGAAAACCAUCCCUCUGGAGCUAAAAACGGGAAAAGAGUCAAACUCCAUAGAGCACCGCAGUCAGGUAAUUCUGUAUACUCUGAUGAGCAAGGAAAGAUACAAUCCUGUCGUCGGCCUUCUUCUUUACCUCAAGACUGGAAACAUGCACCCGGUCGCAGCCGGUCACAUGGACCACCGAGAGCUGCUGAAGCUGAGGAACACUUUGGUUCGUCACAUCAGCAGCUGUGUGGAGAAGGCGGCUGAUCAAAGCCGCCUUUCCAGACUUCCUGACAUCCUGACGGACAGACAGACCUGCAAGUACUGCCCUCAAAGGCUGAGCUGUGCUUUAUAUGAAAGAGCAGUGGAUACGAGCUCUGCAGAUGCCAGCGAGGAGGUUGUGCGUACUUUUCUUCAGCAGGAGACAGGUCACCUGACUCUGCCUCAUCUGAGCUACUUCUCUCAUUGGCUGCUGCUCUGCUGCCUGGAGGCGUCCACCAUGGAGGCUAAGAAUGGCCGAAAGCGUGUGUGGCUGCAGUCGGUUGAGGAGAGUGAGAAGACGGGCAACUGUGUGGGGAAUCUGCAGCUCAGCGGCCCGGUGGGGCUCCAGUCCGACGGUGUCUUCCUGCAUCGUUUCCAGCGCAGCAGCGUAGCCUCCCAGCAGGGCGUGACCAGAUACGGUCUGACCGGCGGAGAUCGCAUUGUCGUUAGCGAUCAGGAAGGGCGCUUUAUCGGCUUGGCGACCGGGUACCUCUGUGAGGUCAGCAGAACAUCAGUCAGCUGCACUCUGGACCGAGACCUGACAAAGUUCAGCAGGAUGUUUUUUCGACUGGAUGGUGAUGAGGGAGUGGUGGGCCUCAGCACGCAUCUCAGUAAUCUCUCCAGACUGAUGGAAAACAGCCAGAACAGCGAGCGGCUGAGGGAGCUGGUUGUUGACCUUCGUUCUCCAGAGUUCAUCACCAACCUCAGCUCUGUUCUGCCCAGAGAGGCUAAAGACGCCGUAGCCAACAUCCUCAAAGGUCUGAACAAACCACAGAAACAGGCCAUGAAGAAGGUUUUAUUAUCCAAAGAUUAUACACUGAUCGUUGGAAUGCCUGGCACCGGUAAAACCACAACGAUCUGCACCCUGGUUCGGAUCCUGCACGCGUGUGGCUUCAACGUGCUGCUGACCAGCUACACCCACUCCGCUGUCGACAACAUCCUGCUGAAGCUCAAACGUUUCCGGGUCGGCUUCCUGCGUCUGGGGCAGGGACAGAAGGUUCAUCCUGAGAUCCUGCCAUACACGGAGGAAAGUGUGAGGAAGAAGAGGGACGUUAAAACGCUCUCAGACCUGGAGCAGCUUUAUAACAAAGAGCUGGUGGUAGCGACCACCUGCAUGGGCAUCAAGCAUCCGAUCUUCACACGUCGGCGGUUUGACUUCUGCAUCGUUGACGAGGCGUCACAGAUCAGCCAGCCCAUCUGCCUCGGACCGCUCUUCUACGCCCGGAGGUUUGUCCUGGUCGGAGACCACCAGCAGCUGCCGCCGAUCGUUCAGAACCACGAAGCCAGGACACUUGGUAUGGACGAGAGUCUGUUUAAGAGAUUAGAGCUCCACGGUGAUGCCGUGGUUCAGCUCAACGUCCAGUAUCGGAUGAACAGGCAGAUCAUGUCCCUGAGUAAUUCUCUGAUGUACGACGGCCGGCUGGAGUGUGGAUCGGAGAGAACGGCCACAGCUCUGCUCACGCUGCCCUUGCUGCUCCCCGUCCAGUCGGAGCUUCUUUCCUUCUCUCAGUCCCAUCCGGAGCUCGACCUGUCCUGGUUACAGGCCACGCUACUGCCCAGCAAUCCUGUCUGCUUCCUGGACUCCUCGCUGGUUCCUGCUCUGGAAUCAGUGGAACAGGGAGGAGUGAGCAAUCAUACUGAAGCUGCUCUCGUCCACACGCUGCUCUCUCUUCUGAUAAAGGCCGGGUGUAAGGCCGGUGACAUCGGAGUCAUCGCCCCCUACAGGCAGCAGCUGAAGACAAUCUCCGCUCUGCUUCAGUCUCCCGCUUUCACCGAAGUAGAGGUGAACACGGUGGACCGGUACCAAGGGCGGGACAAAAGUCUGAUCGUUCUGUCGUUUGUUAGGAGCACCGCAGAAGAAGGAAACCUGGGGGAGCUGCUGAAGGACUGGCGUCGCCUGAAUGUGGCCAUCACCAGAGCCAAGCACAAGCUGCUGAUGGUGGGCUCUGCCACAACGCUGCGCCGCUACUCGCCUGUAGAGAAACUAAUCGACCAUCUCCAGCAGGAGAACAUGAUCAUCCAGCUUCCGCCUGCAGCCCACAAGGCCUUACCCAGCAUGCACCUCUGAGGAAGGUCAGAGGUCAGGGGCAUGUUUUUCACCACCCGUUCAUCUCAUAAUGAAGGAGCUGUGGCUUUGUGGCUCAGAUUUAAAUUAAUAACUACAAUUCUGGUGUUGCACUAAAAUGUUAAUUCAAAGAGCCUCUUAAAUCUUUCUAACUGACAAAUGGUACGAUGCGACCAAAUACAUUUUUUACUUCAUUUAAACCUUUUGCUCUCAGCCUGUUUACACAGAUUUACACUUGAAACGGUCGUAACCUUUACUAGGAGCCGGUUUUAUCAGCUGCUGUUUGCUCAUACACUGACAACAUUUACGUUGAUUAUCAUUACUUUUCUCAGGCAGCAAGUUGGUUUCACCAUCCUACAAGUCAGAUUAGCUCGUGUUUCUAAAUGUCUCGACGAAGGACCAAAAACUUUACCUCACGCAGAAUGAUUAGAAAUAUCUACACCUCUCGACCGUUUCUGGGCUGCGGUGCGUUUGAAGAAAAGCCUAUAAGAUUUUUGCAUUAAAACAAUCUCACCUGGAAUUAAUCUGGUAAAAUCAGUCUACAACUGCUGAGACAAACCUCAGCUUUUUUUUAAUGUUUUUUAUUAACAGUGCAUAUGUGUUGUAGCUCAGAAGCUAAUGUCAAACGAAAUACUUGCAUUACAGUUGUGCAGAAUUUGCAGGAUAACUGUGGAGGUGCUGAAAUUUACAGUAAAGAACAAGUUGUACUUUUUAAUUUUAAUAAACCGACGUUAACUUUUA